AUGACUGUUGCAGAUUCGAUGAAACGACGGAGACUUGAAGCUUCUGGAUCCCCUGGUGCUGUGCGCAAAUCCAAGAUUUUUGCACCUUUCAGAGUCAUUGGCCACGUCUCCAACGGGACUCCCUUCGCUGUGGGAACAUUAGGCCAGUCUUUCUACAUUGCCACUGUCGUUGGCAGAUCGUUCCAGAUCUACGAUGCUGCAACCUUACACUUGCUCUUUGUGUCAUCCACCCAAACGGAAACUCCUAUUCGUUCUAUUGCAGCCCAUUUCCACUAUAUCUUUUGCUCGUAUGGAAACAAAGUCGGUAUUUUCAGACGAGGCAAAUUGGAAAAAGAGCUGUCACUACCAACUGCUGAAACCAUCAGAAAAGUGAUAAUCUUCGGUAAUUAUCUGGUCGCUUGUACGGAAUCUUCGCUUUUCGUGUUUGAGAAGAAAGAUGAAAAAUAUCCUACCGAAUACUAUGGAGAGCUUAAGGUGAACGCUCUCAAUGGCGAGAUUGUUGAUAUUGCGCAUCCGCCAACCUAUAUCAACAAAGUUGUUGUUGCUACAACUUCUCAUCUGCUCAUAUUCAACGUUAGGACUGCGAAAAUGGUGUUUCUGUCCGAAGAGUUUGUUGAUGGAAUCACUUGUAUCGAAACGGCCCCAGCAUUGGACAUUCUGGCCGUUGGAAAUGGUGUUGGCUCGUUUACUAUUUACAACCUGAAAAAGGGUAAAAUCCUUAGAACCAUAUCUACAGGAUCCAAGUCAAAGAUCACGUCGCUCUCGUUUAGAACUGAUGGGUCCCCUCAUGUGGUAUGCUCGCUCGUGAACGGAGACCUGUUCUUCUACGAUUUGGAGAAAAAGACAAGAGUUCACGUCUUGCGUAAUGCUCACAGAGAGGUCUCCGGCGGUGUUUCAAAAGUGCAGUUCCUUAACGGACAGCCAAUAUUGGUAACCACUGGCGCAGACAACAGUUUGAAGGAAUACGUGUUUGAUCCUCCUUUAUCAGACAACUCAGCUGUUGUCUCUCCCCCUAGACACCUGAGAUCCCGUGGAGGACACUCGGCUCCACCUACCUGCAUCACAUUUGGCGACUCGAAAUCGCACUUCAUCCAAUCUGCCUCCCAAGAUCGCUCCUUCUGGACAUUCUCGCUGCGUAAAGACGCUCAGUCGCAGGAGAUGUCUCAAAGACAAUCUGUCAUGAAGGACGGAAAGCGUCAGUCGGGUGUCUCCUCAACAUUCAAGGACAAAUUCCCGCCAAUCACCAUGAUAGCUCAGGAGAAUGCGAGAGAAGGAGACUGGGCCAAUAUUGUGACUGCCCACCAGGACGAAACGUUUGCACGUACUUGGGACUCUAGAAACAAGAAGGUUAGCAAACACGUUCUGGACACCAUCGAUGGUGGCAUUGUCAAGGCCGUGAACAUCACUCAAUGCGGAAACUUUGCCCUGGUUGGGUCCAGCAAUGGUGGCAUAGGAGUGUACAAUUUGCAAAGUGGAAAACUCCGCAAAAAUUACAAAUUGCACAAAAAGGCUGUCACUGGUGUUGCCGUUGACGGAAUGAAUAGGAAGAUGGUUUCAUGCGCUCUCGAUGGACUCGUUGGAUUUUACGAUUUCAGUCAAUCAAAGUUCCUGGGAAAACUGCAGCUGGACGCUCCAAUUACACAAAUGGUGUACCACAGAGGCUCUGACCUCGUUGCUUUUGCUUUGGAUGAUCUUUCCAUCGUCGUUGUCGACUCUUCGACGCAGAAAGUGGUUAGACAGCUGUUUGGCCACUCCAACAGAAUCACUGCUAUGGACUUCUCGCCUGAUGGUCGCUGGAUUGUGUCGGCGUCACUGGACUCCACUAUCAGAACCUGGGACCUGCCUACUGGUGGCUGCAUUGACGGUAUCAUGGUUCCUAACACAGUCACGUGCUUGAAGAUGUCUCCUUUGGGCGAUUAUCUUGCCACCACGCAUGUCAACGGAGUGGGUAUAUCCUUGUGGACCAACAAAGCGCAAUUCAAGCCGAUAUCCACGAAGCACGUCGAAGAAGAGGAGUUUGCAACCAUGAUGCUUCCGAAUGUGAGCGGCGAGGACGGCUCUGGUAUUCUGGAAGGUGCAUUUGCCGAAGGUGAGGAAUACAGCUCCGGAACGUACGUUUCGGUGGACCAGCUUGGUAAAGACCUAGUGACUCUUUCGCUCCACUCGCGCUCAAAGUUCAAUACCAUUAUGCAUUUGGACACGAUCAAGAAGAGAAACAAGCCUUUGGAGCCUCCGAAGAAACCAGAGUCUGCUCCUUUCUUCCUGCAGCAGACGAGUGAGGAGAAAAAGACGGAGUUGGAGUCCCAACUGAUGACGCUGGACCCUUCAGGUGCUUCGUUUGAGUCUGACUUCACCAGAUUGCUUAGAGAGGGCGCUGAUUCUGGUUACGACAAGUUUAUCGAGUAUCUUGUGGACAUGAGUCCAGCCACUCUGGAUCUGGAACUCAGGACAUUGCAGACAACAGAGCCAUUCACAGAACUCAAACGGUUUGUGGAUGCAAUCAGUCACGGGCUCAAGCAGAACAGAAACUACGAAAUUCUGGUGGCAGUUGUCUCUGUCUUUUUCAGAAUCCAUGGAGACGUGCUGUACAAUGUUCAAGGUGAGGUUGUGCAGGCUCUGGAAGAAUGGCGUUCUGUGGCCUCUCAGAUAGACGGCAAGAUGGACGAUAUGGUGAAGUACUGUUCUGCUGUGAUCAACUUCAUCACGACGACAUAA